AGUUCUUGUAGUUCCUGUAGUUACUGUAGUUGCUCUAGUUGUUGUAGUUGCUGUAGUUGCUGUAGUUGUUGUAGUUAUCGUAGUUCCUGUAGUUGUUGUAGUUCCUGUAGUUCCUGUAGUAGCAGUAGUUGUUGUAGUUGUUGUAGUUGCUGUAGUUGUUGUAGUUGUGUAGUUCUUGUAGUUCCUGUAGUUGCUGUAGUUCUUGUAGUUCCUGUAGUUGCUGUAGUUGUUGUAGUCAUCGUAGUUCCUGUAGUUGUUGUAGUUGUUGUAGUUGCUGUAGUUGUUGUAGUUGCUGUAGUUGUGUAGUUGUUGUAGUUGUGUAGUUCUUGUACUUCCUGUAGUUGCUGUAGUUGUUGUAGUUGCUGUAGUUCUUGUAGUUGUGUAGUUCUUGUAGUUCCUGUAGUUGCUUUAGUUGUUGUAGUUAUCGUAGUUCCUGUAGUUGCUGUAGUUGCUGUAGUUGUUGUAGUUCUUGUAGUUCCUGUAGUUGCUGUAGUUCUUGUAGUUGUGUAGUUCUUGUAGUUGUGUAGUUCUGUAGUUUCUGUAGUUGUUGUAGUUGCUGUAGUUCUUGUAGUCGUGUAGUUCUUGUAGUUCUUGUAGUUCCUGUAGUUCCUGUAGUU